AUGCGUUAUCUGAUCCUACUCGCAAUAGCCGGUGCGGUGCUAGCUGGAAGACCGUCGGGCUAUGAAGCAGCCGAAAUGGUACAGCCAGCUCCACCUCCAGUUUCGUCAGAUGGAGGAGAUCAGCAAGGGUACAACAGCGAUGGUAAAGGACCAGUUCCAGGUCCUCCUCCUCCACCACCUGCAGGAGGACCUCCACCACCACCACCUGCAGGAGGACCUCCACCACCGCCACCUGCAGGAGGACCUCCACCACCCCCACCACCACCACCUGCAGGGGGACCUCCACCACCACCACCACCUCCAGGAGGACCUCCACCACCACCACCUGCAGGAGGACCGCCACCACCACCUCCAGGAGGACCUCCCCCACCACCCCCAGGAGGACUUCCACCACCACCUCCUCCUCCAGGCGGUUACCGAGUUGGACCUCCACCACCUCCUCCAGGCGGUUACCGCUUUCGUCUUCUCCGUGCUCAUCGCCUUCAUCAUUAG